AUGAUCCGUGAUUCGGCGGUUUUUAUGAUAUUUGUCCGUCAUCCUCGUGGGAGAUCUAAUGAUAGUAGAAGACAUAGUAAUGUUAAUCAAGAUAUUGGCAGAGCCAGCACAGCUGAAACGAAUACGCAGAAUUCGGAGCCUCGUGCUUCCACUGAAAAUAAUCCAGAUAAUGAUAAUGGUACAAAUAAUGAAAUUAACGCUACAGGGAAUAGUGAUAGUAUGAGUAUUGGAAAUUAA